AUGAAGAGAACGAAUGUGAUCGCGUUCCUCUGCAUGUGCCUGUUCUUGAGAUGUUCUCUCGUUUGUCUAUGCAGAAAGGUAAAGAAAAACAAACAAGUAAGAAACAUGCUAAAGUCUCUAACAGAAAGAGUAGACACAGAUGAUGGAGAAAACGAGUAUGCCAGACUGACCCAAACACCAGUUGUGAAAAUGAACUUGUCUAAAGUAAAGUUGAAGACAAGCUUACAAAGUGUACUUGUCGAACCAUACACAGAAAAGGUUAAAGAUUUUGUAGCGAAAACUAAUUACGAAAUAAGCAUGGAAAAGACACUGUUAGAUGAAAUAAAAAACGCUAAUCAGAAUAUGGACCGAAUUGGUGAUGUGCUAUCUGCACGAGGAGGAAAGCAAAGGAAAACUCGUGAUAAUCACCAUAUUAUGGGUAGGUAUUUCCACUACUUAAGAGAUAAGAACGAAGAUUUCGGGUUAAGUUUUUUUCCAGUGUACAAGACGUUUAAAUCGAAUUUUUCACAUUUUAGUGACAAUUUGAACAGUUCCUUAUACCCACAUGAGUUGCUAGAAAUGGGUUCCAUGUCAAGUGGAAAUUUUUUAAAAAAUUCAUCUAAACGGAUUUCCUUUCCAGAAAGGGGGGACUCCUAA